AUGCCCACCUCCACGGCUAAACCCUCGAAUGACCAGCUCGAGCGCGUCACCUCCUCGGAGCACGAAGCCAUCCUCACCUCCGUCAUCUCCCUCACGAGCGUCUUCAGCGCCUGUGUCGAGGCCUUCAACCUCAUCCACCCGAGCUACAAGUGGGAGAAGGGUGAAAGACUCCUGCUUUGCCGUCUGGGGCUGCAGCAAGCCCGCCUGCUGAUAUGGGGCGAUGUCGUCGGGAUAUCGUCUCCUCCUGCGACUGUGACCGAUAGAGCGGUACCGAAGCACCCUUCGCCUGCGUACCCAGAUCUGAAAGAACCGACUUUCUUCGGUGUGCGGGACGCGAGGUUGGAGGAUGCAGAGGUGAGGACGCAGGUUGAGGCCGCGCUGAGCGAUAUUGUGGACAGGAGCUCGCAUACUUCGCGGGAAGAGGCGAUGGCGAAGUAUGGGCUUAAGCCGCCGAAGAAGUUCCUGCCCGACUACGAGCCCGCGCUCGAUUUGAACAGGCUGGAAGGCUUUCGCGAGAAGUGGGAGUUGCUGCGCGAGGUAGCGGAGAGCUAUGCGCAACUGGAAACUCGGCGCAAUGCUUCUAUUACGAGGACUAGCUGGGCUAUCGCUGAUCUUGCGAAGUUCGACGGCUUCAUUAAACUCACGCAGGCGAAGAUCGAUGAGCUCAUUCAACUUAUGGACGUGAAGGAACAAGUCGACCGCGGCAUGAGGAUGGAUAUCAAAGCCCUCGGCUGGCACCUCUCCGCUGACAAAAGCCGUGUAGCGCAGGAUACGAGCAAGCUCCGUCUCAUCACUGAGAUCUGUCAAGAAGAGUACCCGGAAUACUUGGAUGCCACCAAAGCGGCGCUCGAUAACAUCGACCGCGAGCGGAGGGAGAGCGCACCAACCUACAACCCUUACACCUCCGCCCCAGCAUCCGCUCCAGUAGCGAGCCAGGCUCCGCGACGCGGCUCUACGCCUGCAGUGAAGACGGCUCAAACAAAUGGCACGACCAACGGCGCCAGCCCCAAGCCCAAGCAAGGCGGCCUCUUCGGCAGCUUCUUCAAAUUCGGCCGCAGCAAGUCCUCCCUCAACGCCGGACGCUCGCAAUCCGUCUCCGCCGCUUCCUCCACCCCGCAAGAAGACCCCGGGCCUCCUCGCGCCCUCUCCGACGCCGGACCUGCCCGCCCCGGUGACGAAGAAGCUGACCCCAACACCCUCGAGCGCGCGCGCAGCAAGAGCGUUGGCGCCAUGCCGGCAGACUUUACGAUGCCGCAGGACGAAGUGGCCCCGCAGGCGCAGGCGGACUCGCCGAUGGAGGAGACGAAGACGGUGCGGAGCAAGUCUGUGGGAGAGAUUUUGGACAUCCGACCGGAUGACGCGGAGGAGGAGGAGGCGAGGGGGAAGUUGGAGAGGUUGGAUACUGGGGGUACGGAUAGGACGAUGGAGGAUGAUGUGAAGGCGGGAAAUGAUUUAAAGAGUGCGGUGAGUAGGCAUGAUAUGUUUCAUGGAUUGGGGAGGCAGGGGACUAAGGUGCAGUGGUGA